CUCUAUGUGCGGGCUGAUGAGACCAACGGCCGCGACACGCGACCGGCAUAUUGAAAAGCCGAUAGAAACAUGAAGUUUACCCAUGCUAGAGGUCUAUUCUGCGUCGUCUUGAGUUCGGCGAAGACCCAGGACGACUCCGUGUUGCCGGGGUUUCUCGAAAGAGAGAACGCUUGCAGAGUAGCCCAUAAAGAGUAUACGAAUCGAGAUGAUCUAGCCGAUGAUAGGUCGACGACGCGGUCACCUAGCAAAACAGGCACGAAGAUCGCAUGGAAUGAGGCCCGAGGAUGGAACAUAGACAACGUCGCUCAGACGAAAAGCAUCAAAGCGACGGCACAGCAUGAAAGAAGAAAACGUACCGGAGCCAUUGCGAAUCGAAUGCAGGUCGCCCAGGUCGGUGCUACCUUUCUGGUCGGGUGAUAUAG